CUUUAACAACGGUCCCUAUCUUCACGAUUGUUUCUUCUCUGUAUCCCUCUCUCCGGCGACCGUGAAACCAUGUGGUCGGCGACGCUCUCUCUCCCUUCCUUUGUGGCUACUACUUCAUCUUCUCUUCAAAGUUUCAGGAACCCUAGAUUUCCGAAGAUCCAAGCUUCGCUCGCUAGUUACCCUCUCGCUAGCAAAAUCAUGGUCAGAAAUUUACCGUUUUCUACAAGUGAAGAUUUUCUGCAGAGGGAGUUUUCAGCUUUUGGCGAGAUAGCUGAAGUUAAGCUUAUCAAAGAUGAGUCAAUGAAGAGAUCAAAAGGUUAUGCCUUUAUUCAAUUCACGUCUCAAGACGAUGCAUUUCUUGCCCUAGAGACCAUGGACCGUAGGAUGUACAAUGGCAGGAUGAUUUACAUAGACAUUGCGAAGCCGGGGAAGCAUGAUUUCCAACAGCAUCCGAGGACUUCUGGUCCCCCGGAGAAGCUCCAGGUGCAAGAAGAAGCAGCCAAUAACGAGGUCGCUGAUUGCUGGUAUUAGUUGUUUCACCAAACUGCAACUGAACUUGCAUAGAGCAGAUCAUUUAUAUGUAUGAUUAUUGAGUCAAAAACCAAUGUUUUCUCAUUAGCACAGUGAUCAAUACGAAGUAUGUUAUUUCUACUGAUAGACAAUGACUGAUACGGUUCCAGUUACAGCUCUAUCGGUUUCUACAACUACCACAUUGUUUGAAACCUUGGUCACUGCAUUCGCAGGAAUCUGUCCGGAUUGAGCCAAAAACGAAUGCUGGUAAUGGUUUAUCCGGUUUGGGAAUACCAAGGCAUGGUUAAAGUCAGCGACCCAUCUUGUCCCGUUUGCGGAAGAAACCUUUGACUUCCCGGUUGUUGAUUUCAGCCUCAUCCCUGAUGCAUUGUUCUGAUCAAUCACAACUUGAUCAACCUCGUGAAACUUUCCUUUCACCUUGACGAUCGGGAAAUUUUUCCCCGAGGUACUGCUAAACAUGUUGUUGACGAUGUUUAGCCCGGAGACCUUCCCGCGUGCUGAUCUCAGGACGAUGUUAGCAUCUCCUAUGAAGAGAGAGUUUGUGACAUGAACGUGAACAGGGUCUUCGAUGACUAUACCUGUGUAAUCAAGGUAACAGUUGUCUAUCCUCGUUAAACGCGAUUUCACUAGAAUGCCGAUUCCACCAAACCAUGUGGCUUUAUUGUAGCAAUGCACCCCCGUGACCAUGUUCGCCUCGCCACUCAAAGAGAUACCGAUCCUAGCCGAGAAAAUCACUACGUCUGUUAUGGCGUUAUCGGUACUGGAGAUGUCGAUUCCUGUCCCGGAAAACUCUUUUUCUUGCUGGUCUCCUCCUACAGUUGAAUGUUGCCCCAAGAAGGUGUUUGAAAUAUAUGUCUCGUGACCUCCCUUGACGUUAAUCCCCUGUGUUGUGAAAUGGAGGAAGUAGCAAUCGGUUAUACGUAUACGAGCUGAGUCGAUUGCCAAAAUACCUCCUCCUCGGAAGCUCGAGUCGAAUAGAAUGUCUCGAAAGGUCACAUCCUCAAAGAAGAUCCCAGAGUUUGGUGGUACGAGUUCGACCAAAUGUCUGUUACCUGGAAACACGUUCGAUGCCCUGAAAGUCCCGCCUUUUACCUGAGUUUCACCACAAACCAAUGGUAAAGGGUCACUAACCACGAGAUUUCCUCCGCCGGAGGAAGGGAACCUGAGAGGUUUUCCGAUCUUGUAACUGCCACCUUGGAGAUCAAUAACUAGACCUCCUAGAUCGGCUACACGUGGCAUCAUGUGAAGCCCGGUCCGCAACUGAAAAGCAUCGGUUAAAGCUUCUAGUAUUGCGUCACUACUGUCUUGUCUACCUGUCGGAUCAGCUCCGUAACCAAUCGGAAGCUUACGAUUUUGGGAUAGUGCGAAGAAGGAGAAGACAAUGGUGGGAGAGUGGGAGUGAUCAUGAGUCUUUCUUGGAUCUUGUCUUGGUAUUCUGAAAGCUUUGUCAUAUCUCUUCUUCUGAAGGAUAAUGUCUCUUCAAACUCCAUUGACAUUGUUAGGAGAAACAGUAACAAGCAAACCAAGCAACGGAGUCUCAUUUUGUCUUUCUUGAUUUCUGUCUUCUUCUUGAGAGAGAGAGAGAGAGAGAGAGAGAGAGAUUGAUUAUAAAGAAGACGCAGGCAGAGAGAAGUCAGAGAACGAUGUCUGUUAUUAAAUUUUGUUAGACGAGCGCAUUAUUUGCACGUCGUUCUCUCAACCUCUGUUGUGCCUCUCUGGCGUUAAUAGUUUAUUAUCUACACUAUGAUUAGUUUAAGGUUCAUUUGUCAUGAAGUUUGAAGUUUUCCAAAACGAUGCAUCAUUUAUAAGAACAGUAUACUUUUAUUUCAA